GGGAUGCGCGACAAUGCGCAUACGAGUUGAAUACCAGCGUUUUCGCGUGAAUCCUAACCUCAAAAGUCAUACACUGUACCGUACAGUACCGUACUCAACCGUACCGCAGGGCACAGGUGCAUUACUUCGACGGCUAAAUUGUUGUUGUAGUACAAAACGAUGCACAGUUUCUAAAGAAGAAAUUGGUAUUCGAGAAAGGAAAAAAGACACUGCGAACGCCUACCAUACAUUUCGAGCUUUUCGGCUCGGCUUCAGCGCGACACGGCGCGCUCGCGGGCGGCCGUGGGUGACGGAUAUGAUUUGUGCGACGGCAUAAGAUGAUACUGAGGAACCUGCCAUUCGCGCAAUGGAUUCCGAUCCUGAUCCUCGUCGUCGUAAUAGUCUAUCUGCGGUUGCGAUUGAACAACCUGGAGGAAAGCUACAGAGCGCUCCAUGAUGCCGUCGUACAGGCGCGAAUCGACGCUAAGAAUGAUGGGCGCAUUGAUAUGCGAGCAAGUAAUGAGGAUGAUCUGGAGGAUGUUGUGGUGAUAUACAACAGAGUGCCGAAGACAGCAUCCACCAGCUUCAUGGGAUUAGUUUAUGAUCUAUGCAAGCAGAACAAGUAUCAUGUGCUGCACAUAAACGUGACCAAUAACAUGCACACCCUUACUUUUGCCAACCAGGUUCAAUUUGCAAAUAACAUAUCAAACUGGAACAGUAUAAAACCAGCAUUUUACCAUGGACACAUGGCGUUUUUAAAUUUUGGAAAAUUUGGUACUAAGCGUAUGCCUUUGUAUAUAAAUUUAUUAAGAAAACCUUUAGACAGAUUUAUAUCAUAUUAUUACUUCUUAAGAUAUGGGGAUAAUUUUAGACCUCAUGUUAUAAGGAAGAAACAUGGAGAUACAAAGACAUUUGACGAAUGUAUAAAUAUUGGUCAACCUGACUGUGAUCCUAAUAACAUGUGGCUGCAGAUUCCAUUUCUAUGUGGUCACGAUCCAGCUUGUUGGGAAAUUGGUAACAGCUGGGCAUUAGAGGAAGCCAAACGGAAUCUACAGAGGUAUUACUUCCUGGUUGGAGUGACGGAAGAGUUGAACGAAUUCGUAGAAGUAUUGGAGAAUGUACUACCACGAUUUUUCAAAGGAGCAUACAACUUCUUCUUGCAUAACAACAAGUCACAUUUACGACAAACUACACAGAAACUCAAUCCAUUGCCUGAAACGGUAGAAAAAAUUCAGCAAUCGCCCGUAUGGAAAAUGGAAAAUGAUUUCUAUAAUUUCGCUUUAGAACAUUUUCACGCUGUGAAAAGGCGACUCAUAAAUGCUUCCCCUCAAGAUGCAAAUCAACGUUUUAUGUAUGAAAAGAUACGGCCAAAGUAAACUAACUUUUUUUACAUAAAAUCUCGCUCAAUAAUGCAAUAGUGCAAUUCGUGCGCGACUGCAAAAUGUGUAUUUAUUGUAAUUAUGAGCAUACUUUUUUUAUAAAAAUGAAUUUAUAGAGUUAAUAUUUAUUUUCUUUCUAUUUAUAAGAUGUGAACGUUUUCUUUUCGAAUUCCUUACAAAAUUGUCUAUCUAAAAUGAAACAAAAACAAAUUAUAAAUUAAAUGACUCAAUAUAAAAUAAUUUAAGAAAAUAAAAAUUUAAAUAAGAAGCCUAGCUAAGGACAUACAAUAAUCGGAGAUUUGAUUUGUAAAUUGCACAUUAUUGACCAAUUCACUGACUUUUUGGUCUAAGAGCAAACAUAUAAACUGGAUAUAAACCGCGUGGGAAUUUAGUCUGCUGUUGUUCUUUAAUACAAAUAAGAUUAGCCUUUUCAAAUAAAGAUCGCAAGCUCUUCAUUGGUCUCGUCACAGAAGAGUCUUCCUUGUCAAUUUCCAUGUUA